CUGACUGUGCCCAUACACCAUGAUAUGUAUCCUGUCAAUAAUUGAAUAAGUUGUUCCAUGAUAAUUAAACGAUUCUAAAGUUUGCCUAUAGCACUUGCAUCACCCACGUUCCUGCAGUGUCCCAUACAUCAACUUGAAUGAUUAGCGCUGCCUUGAGGCUUGUGGACGUCAAGGCUAUUCGGUUGCUUGUUAUUUAAAUUUUGGUUCUACCGUCCCCUCCAUCUAAUUCAACUCGCAUCCAUUUUCCUCAGCCUGAUACCAAUCUUUGACCCGUCGCAAUGACCGAAGACCACAGACCGGAACCUCCUUCCGAGGCCUCCCCUCGAUCCAGAGAAGCAACUCCUGGUGAUAGCUCGAACCAACCCCGUGGCAGAUUCUGUCAGGCCAUUCGGAAAUUUAGAAAGAAUGUGAUCAAAAAAGUCUCUAAACCCUUCAAGCGUUCCCGCCACCAAACCCCUGCUGUCCAGAACGCAGAUCUUGAAGGUGUUUCAUCGAAUCAGAAUACUGAGGAUGCGUCGCUUCCCCAUCCUUCCGAUGGUAAUAAGCCCACCACACCUGGGAAUCCCAGUGACUCUGUGAACCAAGGAGCGUCUGAAGAACCUGCUUCGAAGGUUCCCGACGCCCCUCCUGGCGUGGAAAGGAUUCCUGAUCCCCAAGUAGUUGAUGCUGAAUUUCAGGGUGCCAGUGAGGGUAUGGAAAACAUUAGACUAUUCGGGGAGCGUGACACUUCUGUGGUAUCCAAAGUCAAGAACGGCCCAGCGGAUCUCGAUGCCGUAGACAAUUUCCAGACCACAUAUCUUCAACCA